AUGGGUACACCUCAAACACUCACUUCCAUCAAGUCGUUGUCAAGUAAAGUUGGGGGUAUGCUAUGUUGUUGCAAUUCAGUGAAUCGCUAUGAGAGAUUGGACAAUAAACUUGAAAGAAAAAUGAUGGAGGUCAAGCAAAGUAGCUUACAAGGACAAACCAGUUUUAGAUCUAUCAACAGCAUAAUCUUGAGGUUCCCUCGAUUCAAAGAAGGAUUAAAGGAGAUUCGAGGUGUUUUUGAACUAUAUGAUGAAGAUUCAAAUGGAACAAUCGACAACGAGGAGCUAAAACGAUGCUUACAGAAGCUGCAAUUUCAAUGCACCGAUCAAGAAAUCGGCGAUCUUUUCGUGUCAUGUGACGUGGACGAUAGCAACGGGAUACAAUUUAACGAAUUCAUCGUUCUUUUAUGUCUGAUUCACCUUCUCGCGGGUCCUUCUUCCUCAUCUCAAUCGACAUCGACCGUGGGGUCCCCGGAGCUCAAAGCAACAUUCGAUACCAUAAUCGAAGCUUUCUUGUUUCUUGAUAAAAAUGGCGACGGAAAGCUGAACAAGAAGGAUAUGAUUAAAGCUAUGAACGAAGAUGACCCGAUGGAGAAAUCGCCUACACGUAUCACCAAAACCCGAUUCAAAGAAAUGGACUGGAAUCAAGAUGGGAAAGUUAGCUUUAGGGAAUUCCUCUUCUCUUUGAUCGACUGGGUCGGAUUCGACUCCACCGAUGAAGUCCCUGUAACGCCGAUUUGAUUCCGGUGUACGACAAUGGUGAAAUUAUCAGGCUUUUAGACUCCAAAUCUUGUUCGUGUUAUAUGUUUUUAGUUCAUAUAUAUUCUUAUUUCGUAAAAAUACAAUUUGAGUAUUUACAAUUUUUAUAAUAUAGUUUCUGACAAAAGUGUCGGUUUGUCAACAAGAAUCAAAUUAUCUCUCAUUUAAAUUCAUUCGUA